CCGCUCCUUGCGGGUCACUCAGUCUUUUGCAAAGGCGGCCCACGGUCUUUGCGAAGCUUGUGGCCCGCUGGUUUGUUGGCAGAGCUGAUCGGUGAUCCUCCAGGGCGGCCAUGGCAGAGCCACAACCCGCGCCCAGCGGCCUCACGGAUGAGGCCGCCAUCAGCUACUGCUCCGACCCGGACCCCAGCACCAAGGACUUCAUAAUGCAGCAAACCAUGCUGAGAAUUAAGGAUCCUAAGAAGUCCCUGGAUUUUUAUACUAGGGUCCUUGGACUGACGCUACUCCAAAAGUUAGAUUUUCCUUCGAUGAAAUUUUCCCUCUACUUUUUGGCUUACGAGGAUAAGAAUGACAUCCCUAAAGAUAAGAGUGAAAGAACAGCAUGGACGUUUUCCAGAAAAGCUACACUUGAGUUGACACACAACUGGGGCACUGAAGAUGAUGAGACCCAGAGUUACCACAACAGCAACUCAGACCCCCGGGGGUUCGGUCACAUUGGGAUUGCUGUCCCUGAUGUCUACAGUGCCUGUAAGCGAUUUGAAGAGCUGGGAGUCAAGUUUGUGAAGAAACCUGAUGAUGGUAAAAUGAAAGGUCUGGCAUUCAUUCAAGAUCCUGACGGCUACUGGAUUGAAAUUUUGAAUCCUAACAAAAUAGCAGAGAUUAUUUAGCUCUGCGAGAAUGCUCUUCGGGGUGUCGGUGAUGGUGGGGACAAGAAACAGCGUGAUACAAGAUGCGAAGGCACCGGAGGCAUCGAGAAUGAGGGACCUCUGCUACGGCUCCAGGCACUCUGAAAUCCUUUUCAUUAUCCUGUUUCUGGGGUUUUUUUUUUUUCUUCUUUUUUAAAAAUCUCCCCUCAUGUUUAAUCAACCUAAUUUUCAAGUACCAGUUUAUCUUAUGACCUUGACAAAGUUGUGUGACUUGACUUUUUAGAUAAUAAUUAGGACGAUUCCCUCCAGAGACCACAUCUGCUAUUAUCACCUGUCUCUUAAAUACUUCUCAAGUGUGCUUUUGAUUCAUCAUUUAAAAUUUUGUUUUAAAUGUUUCUUUUUCUUUUGGGGGGCUGUUACCUUCUGGGGUUUCAAUUCCUCAGAAAUAACUUCAUAAUGGAAAGUAAAGAAGACAGAACAGAAAUGAAACUUCAUAUGUACUUCAAACAGCAUAGUGUUUAUUUUACAAAAGAGAAGAGACCCUCGAGAGCAGUUCUGGAUCAUGCUGACAAGGAUACGGAUAGAAAUACUAAUUUUUUUUUGUAUAUAUAAAGUACCUUCAAAGUUCAAGGACUAACUUUACUUUUCUGGGAAUGUGGAGAAGGAGGGGGUUAGUAUUACUGGAUACUUCGACAAUGGGCUAGGCUGCAGCUACCAUAAGAAAGCAAGGGGACAGACAUACAGACAGACCUGUCAUCAUUGUUAGCAUCUGGAUUAUGCCUCAUGGUACCUUCCGUGUUAGUCUUCUGCUGUAAAACCUGCAGUGAGUGUGCGGCCUUGUGCCUUUUGCUCUCGGGCUGGACCACCGUAGACGUGAAAGACGUCUAUGACACAGGCUGUUCUAGGUGACACUGCAUGAAUGAGGCUCACAUGCGUCUUCCCCACCCCGGGGUCUUCAUGUGUUCACUUAGGAUAAAUUAUUUCCAGUGACAACUCAGGUCUCAGGAGUUAGCUCAGUGGUCUACCCUGCCGACUGACUGAUGAUGGAUAUCUAAGAGGCAAUUUGAAAACUUACGGUCUAGAGGAUAAAACUCUGUUUGAGGUCAAGCUCCGCUGAAGUUUUCUGCGGGCUGUAGUGGGAGAUGUCUGGAUGGGUAAUGUCAAGUGUUAUACCGCUAGAAGCAUUUUGCUUCUUUUUGGGAUGAAAUAGAUUUAUGUGAGCAGUUGAAACAAAUCAUUGACUGAAAUAAAACUUUAACCCUGUUUAAAUAUGUAAAA